GGGCUCGCAGACACCAGCUCAGACACCGAGGAGCCCCAGGCUGCAGAGAUAAACAAGCCUCCCUGGGAGAAAAGAAGGAUUUGGAGUUACCCGCCGCGAUGUCGGACAGAAGCCCCUUCGAAACAGACAUGCUCACCCUGACCCGCUACGUUAUGGAGAAAGGGCGUCAGGCCAAAGGGACGGGGGAGCUCACACAACUGCUGAACUCCAUGCUGACGGCCAUCAAAGCCAUCUCCUCGGCUGUGCGCAAGGCCGGCCUGGCCCACCUGUAUGGAAUUGCGGGAACUGUGAAUGUGACCGGGGAUGAGGUGAAGAAACUGGACGUGUUAUCCAAUGCCCUGGUCAUCAACAUGCUGCAAUCCUCCUACAGCACCUGUGUCCUGGUUUCGGAGGAGAAUAAAGAUGCCAUCAUCACACCCAAGGAGAAGAGGGGGAAGUAUGUGGUCUGCUUUGACCCAUUGGAUGGAUCUUCAAACAUUGACUGCUUGGCCUCCAUUGGAACCAUCUUUGCCAUCUAUAGAAAGACCUCAGAGGACGAACCUUCUGAAAAGGAUGCUUUGCAGCCAGGCCGAAAUAUUGUGGCUGCAGGCUAUGCCCUCUAUGGUAGUGCAACCCUGGUGGCUCUUUCCACUGGGCAAGGAGUGGACCUCUUCAUGCUUGACCCAGCACUUGGUGAAUUUGUCCUAGUGGAAAAAGAUGUCAAGAUAAAACAGAAAGGAAAGAUAUACAGUCUCAAUGAGGGUUAUGCCAAGUAUUUUGAUGCUGCCACCUCAGAAUACGUGCAGAAAAAGAAAUUUCCUGAGGAUGGCAGUGCUCCCUAUGGGGCCCGGUAUGUGGGCUCUAUGGUGGCUGAUGUACACCGUACCCUGGUCUAUGGAGGAGUCUUCCUGUACCCAGCGAACCAGAAAAGUCCGAAGGGCAAGCUCCGGCUCCUGUAUGAGUGCAAUCCUGUGGCCUAUAUCAUAGAGCAGGCUGGAGGCCUGGCGACCACAGGCACUCAGCCCGUGCUGGAUGUGAAGCCAGAGACCAUUCACCAACGAGUCCCCCUCAUUCUGGGGUCCCCGGAUGAUGUGCAGGAAUACCUCACCUGUGUACAGAAAAGCCAGGCAGGCAGGUAGUGGGUUUGACCCUGAAAACUGCCUUGUCUUUGUCUUGUCCUUUUUAUUAAGGGCCCUGAGUGAACAAUAGUUAUAAACAGUGGUGAUGGGUAACAAAAGGCAAAGCUCUUAAAUCACACCGAGAAGAUCACAGCAAAGUGCUCCUCACAGCUCUUGAAGCCAGAGGCAAUUCUGUACUGGGUAUGAAGGGCUCAAAAUAAAAACCCACAUGUGGAAAGAACAA